GGGACCCAGGCUCUGUGCCCAUCCCCCCUGCCAUGUGGGAACUGCGUUCAGCCUCCUUCUGGAGGGCCAUAUUUGCUGAGUUCUUUGCCACCCUCUUCUAUGUCUUCUUCGGGCUGGGUGCCUCCCUGCGUUGGGCCCCUGGACCCCUCCAUGUCUUACAGGUGGCUCUGGCUUUUGGCCUGGCGCUGGCUACGCUGGUACAGGCUGUGGGCCACAUCAGCGGAGCCCACAUCAACCCGGCAGUCACUUUUGCCUUCCUUGUGGGCUCUCAGAUGUCCCUGCUCCGUGCAGUCUGCUAUGUGGCAGCUCAGCUCCUAGGGGCCGUGGCUGGGGCUGCUGUGCUGUACAGUGUUACCCCGGCUGCCGUCCGAGGAAACCUAGCACUCAACACGUUGCACCCUGGGGUGAGUGUGGGCCAGGCUACAACGGUGGAGAUCUUCUUGACACUCCAGUUUGUGCUGUGCAUCUUUGCCACGUAUGAUGAGCGGCGGAAUGGUCGUCUGGGCUCUGUAGCCCUGGCCGUUGGCUUCUCCCUCACUCUGGGGCACCUCUUUGGGAUGUAUUAUACAGGUGCAGGUAUGAAUCCUGCCCGCUCCUUUGCUCCAGCCAUUCUCACCCGGAACUUCACCAACCACUGGGUGUACUGGGUAGGCCCGAUCAUCGGAAGCGGUCUGGGCAGCCUCCUCUACGACUUUCUCCUCUUCCCCCGGCUCAAGAGUGUUUCUGAGAGACUGUCUAUCCUCAAGGGGACCCGCCCUAGUGACUCCAAUGGACAAACAGAGGGCCCGGGGGAGCCUGUUGAGCUGAAGACCCAGGCCCUGUGACAGCUCCGGUUGCCUGGAGGGAAGAGGGAGCUGCUAGGUUUACGUGGAAGGGCCGAGCAAGCCUCUGGAUGAAGACAGAGACUGUGGGCAGGGGCACAUCCUUCUUUAUUUUUUAACUUAUGUGUGUGUUUUCCCUACCUUUUGCUGUGUGAAAUCUUUCAAGUUGCAUUCA